AUGGCGAUCACGGAGGGGUAUGAUUAUCCCCAUUCUGGAAAUACGAGCUAUGUCGUGCAGUACACACGGGGAUUACUAGGAGUCAAUAUCAAACUGGACAACCUCCUCACACAAAUACUAUGCGGGACUCUGGGAGCAGCAUGUGUCGUUGUGUUAGCAGCGAGAUUUGGCCAGAUGUGGAACGCCUACAUGCGUCGAAUUACUUCGGCCCAUGCAUCCCCCAGACAACAACGGUACUGGGCUACCGCGGAGUCGGCACUCUGGGCGGAUAUCAAGAGACACCUAUUAUAUGCUCCCUUGGGGAGGAAGCGGCACAAUCGAGAAUUUAAGCUUUCAGAAGCUGUGAACGUGGGGACCCUACCGUCGCGCUUGCAUACGAUUCUCCUCACCUCAUAUUUCUUGAGCCAAGUAGCAUAUAUCACCAUCCUCGACUAUAAUGUCAAUGAAAGGGCUGCGUUGAUUGCAGAACUGAGGGGCAGAUGUGGAGUUCUCGCCGUGCUUAACAUGAUUCCAAGGCAUGGUCGGGACAAUAGCCAUGGUAUUAUUGCUACUACACUCGCCAUCCCCGAUACGUCAUGCGUCUACGAAACUUUCUUGCACAUACAUAUUCUGUUAGUUUUUCUGGCUAUUGGAGGAAUUUAUAUGCAUCUUUCUAUUGAUCAGCUGCCCCAGCUACCAUGGUUAAAGUGCAUUAUGGCCUUCUGGAUAACGGAGAGAUCCCUUCGCUUCCUCCGGCUGAUUUACCUGAAUAUUGCCCACCGCCAUGGAAUUACUCGGGUCAUGGUCGAGGCACUUCCUGGAGAGGCCAGUCGUGUAACAUUCUUUCUCCCACGAAACACCCAUAUACACCCCGGCAGCCACGUCUACGCUUACCUACCCCGAAUCUCCCUCUGGAUGUCGCAUCCCUUUUCCGUCGCUUGGACAGAGAACGGCAAAUACCCCAGGCCACUAGCCAGUUCAAGUCGCACGUCGCCACAAAAGCUCCCAUCCUUUCAAAAACACGAGUCCGACAUCGACAACGCUACGAAUUACAGUUCAAAACCAACAAACGUCACCCUAGUCAUGGCCGCCCGCACAGGGAUGACGCGGAAGCUCUACGAGAAGGCCCUGGCUUCACCCGAUAACACAUUUUUCACCACUGGCUUCAUAGAGGGACCCUACAGGUCUCACUCAUCCACAUUCUUCGGGAGCUACGGCACCGUCGUGCUCUUCUCAGGCGGCGCAGGCAUAACCCACCAUAUGAUGCAAGUACGCGAACUGCUAGAAAGUGCAGAUGCCGGCACCAUCGCAACGCGUCGCAUCCAUCUAAUCUGGUCAGUGCGGACAACCGAACAGCUCACGUGGGUGAGCGGGUUCAUGGACUAUAUCCUCCAGCUGCCCAAGAGGCGGGAAAUGCUAGUGACGAAGCUCUUUAUCAGCAAGCCGCGGAGCCAUAAGGACAUCCGGAGUCCGAGUGGGACGCUGCUGAUGUUCGAGGGCCGGUGUCGACCAGAUGUCAUCAUUGACGAAGCCAUGGAGAAACAUGUGGGUGCGACGGCGGUGUCUGUGUGUGGGCCUGGAGCGUUUGCGGACGAGGUGCGCGCGGCUGUUCGGAAGCGAGUAGGCAGCGGGCCUGUGAUUGAUUUUGUUGAGGAGGCUUUUACCUGGUGA